AUGAGAAGGAAUAUUCGUUUGCCAAUUGGAAGUGUAUGUACUUCAAACAUCCUCAGCUUGAAUUUUCAUCGUCCAAUGAUGCUGCUUAUUCUGUUCUACUUGAUUACCAAAGCUGCUGCAUUCUCUUCGCAUGUACAAGAAGAGGUGUUACCAAUAGGUCCACCAAUCCCUGUAAAUCCACGGGUGAUGAAACCAAACGACAAAUUGAUCAUGGUCCAAGUAGUUUGGAGACAUGGUGAUCGUGCUCCCACUAUGACAUAUCCUACAGACAAACAUCAAGAAGAUGCUUGGCCAAAUGGUUGGGGCGAACUAACACCUCUAGGAAUGAGACAACAGUAUGCCCUCGGGAGAGUUCUGCAUAAAAGAUAUAUCAAUUCUACAGACCCGCUUUUGAGCAGAAGAUAUGGAUCAAAGGAGAUCUACAUUCGUUCAACUGAUGUAAAUCGCACGCUCAUCUCGGCCUACGCCAACCUUGCCGGUAUGUUCUACGAGGGCGAGCCAGGCAAAGACUUUCCUGAAUUUGGAAACUGGCCUCAUGCGUGGACGCCUAUCCCAGUACACACAUUGCCGGUAAAGGAGGAUCAUGCCGGCAACGUGUUUGCCCCAUGUCCGCGUGCUGACCAGUUGGACGAGCAACUAAGAAGCAGCAAAGAAUUCCGCAAGUUGAAUGAAGACAACAAGGAUUUUCUUGAUUUUCUUUCCGAGAAAACCGGGAUGAAGGUCACCCUGAAUAACAUUUACCUAAUCCAUGACGCACAUCACAUAGAAAAAAUCUAUGGAAUGAGCCAACCGGACUGGUUGACGGAUGAGGUUUCUCAUCGCUUGAGGAACCUCUCACAGACCGCCAAUGAGUACAACUACGGUAUUGCUCAACCAUACCUACCAGAACUUAUUCGAUUGCGAGGAGGACCUUUACUCCGAACAAUCGUGGAUUUGAUGAAUCACAAACUCAAAUGCAACAAAGCUGACGCUGCUAAAGAUAAUUGUGCGUGGAUCAAGAACAUCAAAUACUAUGCAUAUUCAGCUCAUGACACUACGGUGGCAGCUCUCCUGACAACCUUCGGUGAUGAAAUGGAUGUAAUUCGUGGAGGCUUGCCGAAGUACACCGCUUCUGUGGCUAUGGAGCUGUGGGAACUUGAAGAGGGUCCUGCUGUUAGGAUUUUGUUCCACAGUGCUUUUCAUCACGGUUAUCAUUCCAUUACCCAUUUAACUAAAGGAUGCCCUGUGGAUAAAGAGUUCUGCCCACUUGAGACGUUUGAACACCGAAGCCUCAAGUUCAUGCCGUCCAACAUUGAGAAGGAAUGUCAACGAAAGGAGAAAAGCAACCGAAUUAAGUACACGCAUAGAAUCCGUAACAAGAUGUGGCGUUUGGCCUAAACAACACGUGUAUCUUACUUCAUAACUUCGCAAUCUUAUUUGUCCAUUUACUGGAUGAAG